UUUGCAUGUUCUGGGGCCAUCUGCGGGUCCUGGUGGCAUCUCCCAGGCUUUGCGCCCACCCCACUAAUGCCCCUCUCCUCUCUUCUCCCCACAGUGGUCCUGCUGGACUUCGCCAAGGCACAGGGGGAGCUGGGCUGGCUCGCCCAGCCCUACGGCAAAGGGUGGGACCUGCUGCAGUACGUGCUGAACGACUCCUUGAUCUACAUCUACUCGGUGUGCAAAGUCCUGGAGGGGGAGCAGGAGAACUGGCUCCGCACCAACUGGAUCUACCGGGGGGUGGCCCAACGCGUCUUCAUCGAGCUCCAGUUCACCGUCCGCGACUGCAACAGCUUCCCCACCGCCGGUGGUGGCUCCUGCAAGGAGACCUUCAACCUCUACUACGCCGAAUCCGACGUGGAUUACGGCACCAACUUCCAGAAACGCCAAUUCAAGAAGAUCGACACCAUCGCCCCCGACGAAAUCACCGUCCAGGAUGAUUUCGCCUCCCGCAACGUCAAGCUCAACGUGGAGGUGAGGUCGGUGGGACCUCUCCAGAAGAAAGGUUUCUACUUGGCCUUCCAGGAUUUGGGAGCUUGCGUGGCUCUGCUCUCGGUACGGAUUUAUUACAAGAGGUGCCCGGCGGUGUUACGGGGGAUGGCCCGGUUUCCCCAAACGGUGGCCGGGGCCGACUCGCAGACCUUGGCCGAGGUGCGAGGGACCUGCGUGGAGGAGGCGGUGGCCGAGCAGGCCCCGGUGCUGCACUGCAACGCCGACGGAGAGUGGCUGGUGCCCAUCGGCGAGUGCCUCUGCCGGGCCGGCUACGAGAAAGUGGGGGACAGUUGCCAAGCUUGUCCCCCCGGUUCCUUCAAGGCCACCGUGUCCCUGGGGGGCUGCCAGCCCUGCCCACCCCACACCCUGCCCUCUCCUGCCGCCGCCGCCGCCUGCCCCUGCCAGGACGGCUUCUUCCGCGCCCCCGACGACCCCCCCGGAGACCCCUGCACCCGUCCUCCCUCGCCCCCCCAAAGUGUCACGGCCGUGGGGUUGGGGGCCACGGUGCAACUACGUUGGUCCCCCCCCGCCGACCCCGGUGGCCGUGGGGAUGUCACCUACAGCAUCUCCUGCGAGCAGUGCUGGCCCGAGAGCGGGGAGUGCCGGCCCUGCGACAGGGCCCUCCGCUAUUCCCAGCCCCCCCGGGGGUUGACGGGGACGGGGGUGACCGUCACCGACCUGGAGCCACACGUCAACUACACCUUCACCGUUGAAGCCCGCAACGGGGUGUCACCCUACAGCCACCACCGCAGCGUGGCCACCGCCACCAUCAGCGUCAACCAGACGGAGCCACCCCGGGUGACAUCAGUGAGCCUGGAUGGACGGACGGCCACCAGCUUGGUCCUCUCCUGGACGGUGCCACUGCGGCAGCAGAGUCGGGUCUGGAAGUACGAGGUCACCUACAGCAAGAAGGUGGAUGAGAACAGCUACUCGGUCCUGCGCUGUGAGGGCACCUCCGUCACCAUCCCCAAGUUGUCCCCUGCCACCGCCUACGUGGUGCGGGUCCAGGCGCUCACCCAGGACGGCCAUGGCACCUACAGCCCCCAGCACGAGUUUGAGACCCUGCCUGAAGGUGCCGAGGCCAUGGCAUCUGCCGCUGUCAUCAGUGGCUCUGUUGCUGGUGUCAUCUUCGUCAUCGUCCUCUUGGCUGCUCUCCUCUACUUUCUCCGACGGAGGAGGAGGUCACGGCCGCGCCAGUCUGUGGAGGACGUCUACUUCUCCAAGUCAGACCAGCUGAAGCCCCUCAAGACCUACGUUGACCCUCACACCUACGAAGACCCCAACCAAGCCAUGCUCAAGUUCACCACCGAGAUCCCUCCAUCCUCCAUCACCCGCCAGAAGGUCAUCGGUGCCGGUGAAUUUGGGGAGGUCUACAAGGGCACCCUGAAGCAUGGGAAGAAGGAGGUGCCGGUGGCCAUCAAGACCUUGAAGUCAGGCUACACGGAGAAGCAGCGGGUGGACUUCUUGAGCGAAGCCACCAUCAUGGGCCAGUUCUGCCACCACAACAUCAUCCGCCUGGAAGGGGUCGUCUCCAAGUACAAGCCCUUCAUGAUCAUUACGGAGUACAUGGAGAACGGCGCGCUGGAUAAAUUCCUGAGGGAAAAAGAAGGGGAAUUUGGCGUCAUCCAGCUGGUGGGGAUGUUGAGGGGCAUCGCCGCCGGCAUGAAGUACUUGGCCAACAUGAAUUACGUCCACCGGGAUCUGGCCGCUCGGAACAUCUUGGUGAACAGCAACCUGGUGUGCAAAGUGUCUGACUUUGGGCUCUCGAGGGUGUUGGAAGAUGACCCUGAAGCCACCUACACCACCAGCGUAAGUGCCACCAAGGUGGGAUGGUUGGUCAUGGAGGGGUGGGGUGUUUUUUUUCUGGGGUUGACCCCAAUGUCAUCACAGGGUGGGAAGAUCCCCAUCCGUUGGACGGCACCCGAAGCCAUCUCCUACCGCAAGUUCACCUCCGCCAGCGACGUCUGGAGCUACGGCAUCGUCAUGUGGGAGGUGAUGUCCUACGGCGAGCGACCAUACUGGGAGCUCUCCAACCACGAGGUGAUGAAGGCCAUCAACGAGGGCUUCCGCCUGCCAGCCCCCCUGGAUUGUCCCUCUGCCAUCUACCAGCUGAUGAUGCAGUGCUGGCAGCAGGAGCGCAGCCGGCGCCCCAAAUUCGCCGACAUCGUCAGCAUCCUCGACAAGCUCAUCCGCGCCCCCGAGUCCCUCAAGGCGCUGGCGGAUUUCGACCCCCGGGUCUCCAUCCGCCUGCCCAGCACCAGCGGCUCGGAGGGUGUCCCCUUCCGCUCCGUCCCCGAGUGGCUGGAGUCCAUCAGGAUGCCCCAGUACACGGAGCACUUCAUGGCCUCGGGCUACAGCACCAUCGAGAAGGUCCUGCAGAUGACCAGCGACGAUAUCAAGAAGAUCGGGGUGCGUUUGCCGGGGCACCAGAAGCGCAUCGCCUACAGCCUGCUGGGGCUGCAGGAACAGGCCAACACCGGGGGGGUCUCCAUUUAACACCCCCCCUCCCCGUCCCCUGCACCCCCCCAAAAGACUUGAAAUCAACCAAAUGAAGACCACACCCCCCCCUCCUCCUCCCCGAGGGGUUUAUUUAUUAUUUCUAUUAUUAUUAAGGUUGUUUUUUUUUUUAAUAGUAGUAUUAUUAUUAUUAUCCCCGGGGUUGGGGAUGA